ACGACCGGAACAACAAGAUGGCGUAGCGUGAGGAGUUUCUGUAUUUUUAGAUGCAUAAAGCCCACGCAUGUUGAGGAAGUGUCAGGAAGAAGGAUAUGUGCAUGAGAGAAGUCCAGCAUGGAGCACAUAUUAAAAGAGCACGGUGUCAACUUUGAGACUGUCAGAGCUUCAAGUGUUUGUGGGCUUUUCUGGGCACAGCACAAGUGCUCAUCAAUGAGCUUCUCCUGAGAGUUGCUGAAGACGGGCUGCAAUCACCAGCAUUACUCCAGGAUCACACACACCUGUCCCUCAUUCAGACACUGUAGAGUCACUGUCGCUCUAUGCUGAGAGAGAGAGAGGGUGCUGUACACCCACCUCUCUUUUAGCAGGAGUCAGUCCUGUAAAAACACACUUUGAUUCUGUUAACUGGUGAAGCAGACGAGUGACAACCAGAAUCAGCAUGAAUCUCCAGCAACCCACUCCCCUCAUCCCCCCCGUCCACCCUGAUGUGCAGAUGAAGCCUCUGCCCUUCUAUGACGUGCUGGACGUCCUGAUCAAGCCUUCAAGCCUCGGAGCAAGCACUGCACAGAGAUACCACCAAGAAAAAUAUUUUAUCUUUGCCUUGACCCCACAGCAAGUUAGAGAAGUGUGUAUAUCCAGGGACUUUCUACCAGGUGGCAGAAGAGACUACAUGGUUCAAAUUCAACUGCGGUUUUGCUUGUCAGAGACAAGUUGUCCUCAAGAAGACAAUUACCCAAACAGUCUGUGUAUAAAGGUCAACGGGAAACUUUUUCCUUUACCAGGUUAUGCACCACCCCCUAAAAAUGGCGUGGAACAGAAGAGACCAGGAAGACCUCUAAAUAUUACCUCACUGGUCCGCCUCUCCUCUGCAGUGCCCAAUCAAAUUUCAGUGACAUGGGCUCCUGAAAUUGGAAAAACUUAUUCCAUGUCUGUGUACCUGGUGAGGCAGCUAACGUCACCGCUGCUCCUACAGAGGCUGAGGAUGAAGGGCAUCAGAAACCCAGACCAUUCCAGAGCUUUAAUUAAAGAGAAGCUGACAGCAGAUCCAGACAGUGAGAUCGCUACAACGAGUCUUCGAGUGUCACUCAUGUGUCCGCUGGGUAAGAUGCGACUGACGGUUCCGUGCCGAGCCGUGACCUGCUCUCACCUGCAGUGUUUCGACGCCGCCCUCUACCUGCAGAUGAAUGAGAAGAAACCUACCUGGAUCUGUCCUGUUUGUGACAAGAAGGCUGCGUAUGAGAGUCUCAUCAUUGACGGUUUAUUUUUGGAGAUCCUGAAUGACUGCUCAGAUGUGGAUGAAAUCAAGUUCCAGGAGGAUGGAACUUGGUGUCCAAUGAGACCAAAGAAAGAGUCCGUCAAGGUCCCCUCUCAGUCAAUCCCAAAAGUAGAGACCCCAGCUCCUUUGCGUCAGUCUUCCGUGGUUCCACAUUCUACUGAGCCCAGCUCCACUAAGAAGGCUGAUGUCAUUGAUUUGACCCUGGAAAGCUCAUCCUCUGAUGACGAGGAAGAGGAGGACUCAGACCCUCCACUGAAGAAGCGCUGUGCUUACAUUUCCAAGAGUGAGGAGAUGCAUGCAAAGGGAGUGCUGACCUACCAACCCUCCACUGUGCGCAUGUCAAACGUCCAGGGCCUGGAUCCAUCAUAUCUGACCUCUACACUUGCUGACUAUGCAGUCCCCUUCCACCCAUCCACCCUGGCUACCAUCCCCACAGACAUGCAGAGUCUGGAAUUGUUUUCCUUAAUUCAAGCAGAUCCUCAGCAUUACCGGCCUCAGAUGUUUCUGGACAACCUGACGAACAGCAUGCAGAGUGCAGCGUCUGCCAGCACCAGUUCAGCCCUGGUCUCCUCCAGCAGCCACUACGACGCCAGCGGCCACGCCACUAGCUCCAUCCACGAGACCCGGGUAAUCACAGGGGGAGGAGGGGGCGCUGGAGGAGGAACUGACAGCAGCAUAUCAGAUAUUAUUUCACUAGACUGAGCAACAUCUCACUGGAACUUUUCAGGCCUUCCUGUGGCCUUUCUGUCUGAACUACAUGUACACCACCUAUUGAGAUUUACUCAAAAGCACCUAAAUUGGUAUACAUGUGUACUUCGGUGGCCUGAACAUUUUGCACAUGUUCAGAUCCGUAUCAUUUGACCAUGUAUGCAUUUCUCUUUUUGCACUUUUAGCAAACGGGUUUUCUCUCCUGUCUGCUGUGACAGGAUGAUAAAUGAUUUGUUGGCCAAGGAUAACAUGACCUGAGGACAAUUUUCUUUAAGGAACACUUCAACAUUUUGGGGACAUGUUGUCAUUUGCUCUUAUAUCAUACUUCACAAAGAUCAAAACAAAAAGAGUGAUUUCAAACAGAUAGAAUCUUUGUACCAGACAAAAGGAAAUGGAUUUAUCAUUUGGUCUGAUUCGUUGAUGAAAUGUCAAACAAGCACAAUUUCCAAAAUGUUGAAGUGU